AUCAUCAAUUCAUCAUCUCCCCCAAAAAAAAAUCAAUGGCUGAGGAGUUUCAUCUUCCUUUAAACCUCACCGAAACAGAUCAAAUUCCGACCGAAGAAGACUUCGAAGCAGACACUACUUUCAUCGACGACGAAUACCUCCGUUACCUCCACUACUUGGAUUCACGGAGCAAUCAUGGAGUCAACACGUUUGGAUCGUACGACGAAAUCUUCGGUUUAGUUCUCGGUAAUUCAUCAUCGAUUCGGCGUCUUAACGCGGCGGAGGAACUUCCGGUGGUUGAGUUUACGGCUGAGGAAAUGAUGGAGAGAGGUUUGGUGAGUGUCGCAACUAAUUUCCCAACUCAUCCAAUUCACAAGAACUUGGAUAGGGCUGGAGUUUCUCUGUACAGUUGAACGAAAUUAAUGGUGUUGGGCUUUGUACUCGAUAUCCAGCCCGGAUAUGGCCCAUUAACGAUUUCAGAGGCAAGGUUAUCAAGCCCAAUGCCUACUUCAAUGAUGAAAUUAAAGAGGGAAACAAAAGAUUUAAUAAAUUUUGAUUCCUUCA